AUGGAUUAUCGCCUGGUCCUCUUUCUCUACCGCAAAAAGGAUAUUACACACGCUGAGUUCAGAGAUCACUACGAGUACAUACACAUACCCCUCACCCGAGAACUCACCGGCUCCCGUUUCCCCUCCCUGCACUCGAGACGGUACAUUGAACGAUCGCCAAAGGGCGAGCCAACUGUCCUCAUCGGGAAAAGCACCGGAGAGGAGCCUGACGCAGUGGUAGAAAUUGGGUUCAAGAACGAGGAGGCGGCGCAAGCGUUUUUCGAUGUGACCAACUCUGGGGAGGUCGAGGAGAGGUUACGGAAGGAUAAUGCGCAAUUUCUGGACUGGGAAAGGCUGAAGAUUAUGAGGAUCGGGGAAGUUUUUGAGACGCGUAGGGAGGACUAA